CCCCUGCUAUAGACUCCCUUAACCCUUACCUCACAUUAGAGCAUUUUUUUGUGCUGACACGUGUAUUUUUGUGAAUAACUUUGGCUAUGUUAAUGCAAUUUAUCUAAUUUUUAUGGAGGAUGUGUAUUUUGGAAGGAAUUACAAAAAAAAGUUUGAAAAAAUAUUCAACCUACUUUAUUAAAACGUGGAAAUCAUUUUGUACAGUUAAGCACAUUGAAGCAUUUUUUUGUGCCAUUGACUUUCAUGUAAAUCAUAUAUUUUUAAUUAGCAUAAAUAUUGGCAUAAUUUUAAAAAAUUAUGAUUGUGCCCGUGUUUACAGUCUCAUCACAAAUGUAAGAAGCAGUUUUUACUGUUUUUCACUACAUGGCAUACUUUCUCCAUAUAUAGCAGGGCAAUGGCUGACCCAGCAUUUAAACUGAAUGAUUUAGCUGUAUUUCUUUACCUCUGACUGCCCAUUAUAAUACAUAUUUUGCAAAAAAAUGGUUUGUGUGUUAUUUAGAGAUGCCAUACAAUAGUUUGCAUGUGUGUGUUCUGAAUUUUUGGUAAUUGUGCUUUUUCAGUGUUCUUUCAAAAAAUAAGCCUGACUGAAUGUACAAAAUUAGCUUAUUCUGCAAAAUAGCAUUUUGACAUGUGUUCCUUUGUGUGUGAUUGUUCAGGCAUGCGUGUAUGUAGGUAUCAAAGCACUUUACAGAUCUUCAAAGGACAGAUCUGUGAUCAUUAUCUGGAGUGGUUGAGCAGGUGUGGGCCAUGGGAGUGUAGGGGGGGGGGGGGCACAGGUUCUCACACUCUGUUGACUUCAUGAAUAUUCAUCAAAGGCAUGCUAUAUAUCAAAAAUCAAAGGAUUUUCUGCUAAAUUUCAGAUACUCAUUCACAAUUUUACUUUUGCAAAAUGUUAUUUCAAUAAGUACAAAGCAUUUGCAUGGAUGAAAGCUAAGAUGAAGGCUGAAAAACUUCAAAGGCAUACAUUUGUUUUUCAAAACAAAUUCCUGCAGAAUCGAAUUUUGUUUACAUUCAGUAGGGGCAGCUUACACAGGUGCACCAAUUGACUAAAAGUACAUAUAUGAGACUCAGAUCAGGAUUCAUUUCUUUGAACCGCAACCAUGAGAAGAAGAUUCAAUGUGAAUGAAGCCCUGGAGGUGUUUCAGCAGCUUGAGGAAGAGGGAGAGUCAGCCUCAUCCUCAUCCACGGACGACAGCUCUUGUUCGGAUGAAGAGGCUGAAGAUCAGGCCUUUACCCCAGGGCCUGAUUCAGGGGAAGAAAUGGAAGAAGGUUCAGAUGAGGAGGUGGUUGCUGCAGAGGAGAGAUGGGACCAUCCUUUGUGGCAAUCAAAGAGCGGGAUCGCCUGGUCCCCGACACCCGACACCAGGAUCCCCUUUCGGGCUCCAGACGUCCGCCAUUGUGGGAUCACCCGCCUCGCUGUCAGCUACAUCCAAACUAUUGAGGACAGCUUCGAUUUUUUUAACUACAACAAUCCUAGAUGUAAUAAUAAAAUACACCAAUAUAGAGGGAAGAAGAAAAUAUGACGAUUGGACAGACGUUGACCGCGUGGAACUCCGGGCAUUGUUUGGGUUGCUCAUCCUCGCUGGUGUGCACCGUUCCCGUGGGGAAUCAUCUGCCAGCCUCUGGGGGGAGGAAACGGGGAGGCCGAUAUUCAGAGCCACGAUGAGUUUGGGAAGGUUCCACAUGCUGACUGCAACAUUGCGCUUUGAUGACCGCUUGACCAGGGCAGCCCGCCGGUUGGUGCAGCAGGACAAGCUCGCUCCCCUGCGGGAAGUGUGGGACCUCUGGGCGGCCCGGCUCCCUCUCGCCUACAACCCCGGUGAAGAUGUCUGCGUUGAUGAACAGCUCGUCGGAUUCAGAGGUCGCUGCAACUUCAAGCAGUACAUGCCCUCAAAACCGGCAAAAUAUGGCAUCAAGCUGUGGGUGGUGAGCGAUGUGGCCACUUCUUAUGCCUGGGGGAUUAUUCCCUAUCUGGGCAAGACGACUCGAGACGCCCCGGCAGAAAGGGGGCAAGGGAAGCGGGUGGUGCUGGAACUCACGGAGGGUCUGAGCGGCCGCACUCACCACGGACAAUUUUUUCACCUCGCUGGUUCUUGGAGAGGAGCUGCUAAAAAAAAAAUCUGUCUUGUGGGAACAGUUAGGCGCAACAAGCCAGAGUUGCCCCCACAGCUGCUCCAGAUGAAAAGCAGAGCGGUUCUGUCCUCCCUGUUCGGCUUCACCUCCACCGCCACCGCGGUGAGCUACAUUCCAAAGCGCCGGCGGAACGUUCUGCUCCUCAGCACCAAACACCAUCAGGUUCAGAUCCAGGAGGGACCGCAGCAGAAGCCGACCGUAAUCAUCGAUUACAACCGCUGCAAAGGGGCAGUUGACAACUUGGACAAGCUCGUUGCAACAUACAGCUGCCGCCGCAAGACCAGACGUUGGCCCAUGUCGCUCUUCUGCAACAUGUUAGAUGUGAGCGCCUACAAUGCCCUGGUCCUGUGGCUGUCUGUGGAACCGGCCUGGAACCAACAGAAGAGGAGCAUCCGUCGAAGGCUGUUCUUGCAGGAGCUUGGGACCUCCAUGGUGAGACCAGCCCAGGCGAGGCGCACUCGCUUGCCGCGGUCCAGCAGCGCUGCAGCUCUGUUGGAGGUGCAGCAGCAAGUGGAGCCAGGUCCAGCCCAGGAGCAGACAAAGAAAAGAUGCCACCUUUGCAGAGGGAAGAGGAGCGUGCAUGCACGCUUUUGCCAUGCAUGUGGACAGGCUGUGUGCAAGGAGCACUCAACAGUUGUGUGCUCAGCCUGCAGCUGUUAGCUCACUCCCCUCUGUGUUUCUCUCUCUUUCUCUCUCUCUCUCUCUCUCUCACACACACACACACACACACACACACACACACACACACACACACACACACACACACACACACACACACACACA